UAUCGAAACAAUAGCAACAUACGUUUCGCGGAUGACAUGGUACUUGUCGCCGCCGCUGUGCUUUCCACCAAAGGCCUUCUCCAGGAAUUCUUUGACCACGGGGAAGGUGCGGUACUUGUCGGGGUCGCUCUUGUUUGACGUUUUGUGGCCUGGCGUUAGCUUCCUCGCGUUGAUUACAUCCCUCCAGACGUACAGCUCCAUCUCCUGCAGAGCUACCUCCAUAGUCGACUGCAGAAUCUUCAAAAGACGAUCAGUCCAUGUCGCCGCGUUGGGGGGGGAGAGGGGGGCGUCGUGGUGCUUAGCGGGAAAUACGCUAAAUUGUUGGAUGCACCAGAGUAAAUUUAGGAGUUGGUGAGCUGGAAACGCGCAGGGAUACAAAAAGGGGCGGAGCGAACAUGGACAGCAGCAGUUAUCACGACGUGAUGGCACACGCGGGUAUUAGACCAAAUGCGCCAAAUACCACGGGAGCUAGCUUAAGGGUCAGAGAAGUGGUACAAUAGCGCGAAAUGGCGGAGAGCAAAACGGUUCAAUAUACUAAUGAAAUGGUGAUGCACAUCUUGCAACCCCUCAUUGGUGACGUAAGAGCCUAGUCCGGCGAGCCCGGCGUGAUCCGUCGAACCGUUGUAGGGAUGCGAGGUCAACAACGGCAUGCACGGCUAUGAGCCCCCCCUGUAUAUUCAGAAGAUGGGGCACCGUGGUUUCAAAAACCCUCUCGUUCAUAAUCCUACUGCCAUGAGUCUGAGAGGCGGGGCAGGCAGUUCCAAGGUGCGGAGCGAGGGCAACUGUACACCUCGUAGAAGGACAUCGUCUUCAUGGUCUCGUCCUUCGAUACGGGAAAGCCGUGUUUUGCGGGGCCUAGGCCCUUUGAGAACAUGGCGGUCCCGAGGCCGCGCAUGGCGGCCUCCGGCUGUAGAGAUACAGUGGGCGGAGGACUGGAAGUCAUCAGGUGGUGAGAGGCAACUCAUUCGGAGGUGGCGAAGGGGGUAGGUGGGGGUGGUCCACGGUAAGGUCGAGGCCGGGUGUAGGAUAUACAGUAAUCGCCCGUGUCGUGCACACGGGGAGGAGAUGCUUGUUGCGUUUCAGAUGACCUCCGUGCUGUACACAAUACCGAAGGGCAGGCGGGCGAGUCGUUUCGUCGGUUACACUACCCACAACGGAACUGCCAUGAUGGGAACCGGGAAAAUGCAACAGACGCAGUGGAAAAACGAGCGAGCGUUACAGAGGGAAACGAGAUCCUUGGUCCAAUCCGGUCAACAUAACAACCCCAAAAGUACGAAAGUGAUCAAGAGAGCAUUGCGGGCUUAACGAAUGUUGGGUGACGUGCUUUUGCCGACUUUCUGUUAUGCGCACAUGUGCGGGGCUUACCGUAGCCUUGGAGCCCCGAAAUUGGUUCAUUGCCGGAAAAUAGAAUCAGCAAAGUGAUGCCGGGCGUGACCUGAUGCCCCACGACCAAAGAAUCUUGAGACCGAACCAGACAGCCACAUCAAUAUCUCCUCAACAAUGGAUAAUCUCGAAGAAAACGCAUACUCUGACCAAAAAUAAACGGCGGAGGGGGGGCUCUACUUUUCGUGAACACGAUCUCCACCGGGGCGAAGACGAGUUAUCGUGGGGUGGGUGCGACACCGACAACUACAUGACGACAUCGGGCCCGACGCGACGGCGUAUAAAACAAUCCAAAAGCCAUGACACCAAACCUCCCCACAACGAGACGAACCACCCUAGGUUUUUGGCAUUCUCAAGUAGAUCACUCCGCAUUCCCAAAUGGAUCGGGCAACCUUAGUCCCAUGAAGCUAGUUGAACGCGCUGUUCUCGUAAUACAAGCAGGUUUCAAAGCGAAAACUGCCCGACCUGCAUCCAUGCACCCCACCUGCUUCUCCAUCUGCGU